GGCCCCUUGAUUCAACAGGUAGCUGGUCCACCCGUGUUGUUGAUUUGUAUUCUUCGUCGAAGAAAAUGUAGGUUCGUGGCUGUUUUCGGUUGGUUUUCGGUUCCCGCGAUCAGUUCCGUAAGUGGUCACACGAACGUGUCCAGUAAUCCUGAAUCUGGCGUAGGAAAUCUAUGAAUCAGUGCUUCGAUGUUGCCACAAGUGUUUUACGCUGUUUACGCCUCGGAAAAUGUUAACAUUGCUGAGCGAGCUGCGCUUCUGGUCUACCAAGGAGGAUAUCCUCAUCAAGGACACCGAUCUGGGAGCGGUUAAGUAUUUUGAGAAGAAGUCGGAAAAUGCGAAAACGAUAUAUUCGGACGGCAAGAGGCAGUACUUUGAAUCGCGAGGCUGCAAAUGGAACGUGGACAAUAAAAAGCCCAACCGGUUGCGGAAUGCGCUAAAACUGCUGGAGGAGGAAUUGAAGCAGCGGCGCAUCGUCUUCUGCAAGUGGAAGAACAAUGUCAUCUUGCAGAUUAUGCUCUCGAAUGGGCUGCUUAUUCACAUCUUUGUCAAUCCGUUUAAUGGGGACAUCAAUCGCAUCUACUUUGAUAAAUACUUCAUUGGCAAAUUAAUAUCCGAGCAAAUCACUGACGUGAUAAUAACCCAGUCGCACGUUCUAAUAUCGUACAAUGAGAACCAGAUCACUUUCGUGCACCUUCAGAAACCGACCGCCAGGAGGAACAACCUUGAGAAGGUCGGCCUCAUGGAUCCCAAGAUCUAUAAUGUGAUAAUAGGAGGGCCCACAGCGCGGAAAAUUCCAAAACACAUGGUGUGUAGCAGUUCACAGGAAAUGAUAGUUGUGUGGACAAAGUCCUCCAAAAACGAGGUCUAUCCUUGGCGGCCAACGGUGAAAGACCAGGACCGGGCCAAUCUGCAUGUGUACAAACUGAACGGAGCCAAAAUGGAGCUAUUAUGCUAUUACUGGACGGAGUACGAUCCAAUUUCGGUAGAUUUUUCGCUCAUGAAUGGCUUUCAGGUUCAUUCAGUGGAGCAAAAAAUAUCCAAAAAGGGAGAUGUGACCAUUGAUAGCUGUAUAUAUCAGAUUCAUAAAACGAAGAUGCGGCGUGUAGCGGUCACUUCGAUUCCUCUGCAGACACAGGUUUGCUGCAAUGCAUUCAGUCCGGACCAUGAGAAGCUGAUGCUUGGAUGCAUCGAUGGAUCCGUCGUGCUGUUCGACGAAGGCCGAGGAAUAACUCAUCUCGUGAAAGCAGCGUUUAUCCCCACUUUCGUUACGUGGCACAGUGACUCAUCAAUCGUGAUGAUCGCCAACGAUAAGGGUCAGCUGCAGUGCUUCGAUAUUGCUCUGUCCUGCGUACGUGCCCAGUUGAUGAGCGAAGAUGUGGUCCCAUCCAGCAUUCUAGACCUGUCCAACUACUUCUCGCAUCCCUUAAAUCUCGCUAAGAUGUGCUGGAGUAGAAAGCCCGAAAUAACGGAACAUUUUGAGAAGAACGCCAUCACCGAUUGUUUCCUGCUUCUGGCUUUCGAAAACGGGCCGCUAGGAUGCGUUCGGUUUGUUGGUGGAACCGGCUUGAAGGGCGACAUCCACACCUCCGGACUAACAGCUGACGUGCUGAUUCACAAAUACAUCUCGCUAAAUCAAGUGGAGAAAGCAAUUAACAUACUGCUUAGUCUGAAUUGGGAUACGUACGGCGCCAUGUGCCUGCUGUCGCUGCAUCGAAUAGCAAAUUACAUUUUCAAGCAGCCAUUGGGUACAGAGAGGGAACUGCAACUACAGAAAGCCUUGGGAAGCUUUUUGGUACCUGUGAAACCACUGUGCUAUGAGACUGAAGUGGAGUUUGGCGACCAAGUCAACGACAUAACGUUGCGGUUCUUCCACUAUCUGUUGCGAAACAAGUCCUACAACAAAGCGUUCAGCUUGGCCAUUGACAUAAAUGAUGCGGACUUGUUUCUCAAGUUGCACGACAAGGCGAAAACCGACGGUGAUAUGGAGCUUGCUAAAGAGGCACUCAAGAAGGUAGAUGUCAUCAAUCGGAUAUGCACGGACAGGAGCGAUAGCGAGCAUUCUUUGUGCUCCAAUUCUUCGUGUUCUCUGUGUGCAGAAAGUUUUGAUGAAGAUGAUGACGAGGAUGAAGGAUCAGAACAAGAAACAUCUGUACAGAUGUCACGUGCAGCUAAAAUUACCAGCACCGAUGCCGUCAGUUUCAAAUCGUAUUCUACCUCGUCGAGUUCGUCCAAAUCGUCACAAAUACGUAACGGAGCUUUAAAGCACCCUCCGUUGCCCAAAACAUCGGAAGGUAGUAACAUCAGUAGCAGCUUAGCUACACGAAUGUCAACAUCCAACAUUCGCCCAAAGCAAGAAUUCAAUAACGAUCGUCCUCCAUUGCCGUACGUUCCGAAAAAAGCACCAACCACCAUCAUGCAAAGGAGUCAAACGGCUAUGGCGUUGAAGUUAAGUAAACAGCAACAAUCCAGAAUAGCACAAACCAGAUUGAAAGGAAAGUCGUUAAGUUCAAGUAAUUUGCUCUCUAUGUCGGAAACCACGUCUCCUUACUUUGGAUCAUCCAUACAAAGAGGCAAUGUCCGAGCACGGUUGAAUCCUCGAGAAAAGGCUGCCAAACUGUAUGCUUCCCCUGCUAGCAGUCUGUCGAUGGAACAAUUAGACAUAUCAAAUCGAAGUACGCGACAACCUUUCUACGUAGAUUUUGUGGACAACCCUGCUGCGUCUCGACCUCCUCCUAAUGGCCAACAUGUCGUCAUUGACGUAGUACCAAAACCGAUUGGCUCUCCAAACGCACUGAAAUAUCCGCCAACCAAUAUACUCGAUCAAACGAUCGGUAUCCCUCUAGUACAAGACGAGCCGGAUUUCGCCCGACGAUCUCGGAAACCUUGGUUCACCUCGCAAGCCACACAGCCCCAGUUCCGUAGCAUUCCGAACCCCUCCAACGUGAACAAUGCUCCACGGACGGUAAUUCAUCAAUAUCCGCUCAUCUCGGGCAACAUUCCAUCCAAAUUUCAAUCGAAGUUCAACCAACAACCUCCGGAAGUCAUCGACCGGUUACGAUUGCCCCGCCGAAAGGAACCUGCGGCAUCCAUUCUGUCCAACAGUACAAACUCCUCGCUGGCGAUUGCUGGAUCUUCGUCGUCCGGAUUUCCGCAACCGGGCAGCUCCACGUCGUCGUCCUCCACCAAGAAGGAAAGCGGCGAGAAAAAUAAGGUUAAGUUCUCCGACACCGUUACGGUUGCCGUCGUACCGGAAAUUCCUCGCAAGGAUAAAUUGGUCGAGAAAGUCCGCAAACCCCCUUACAGUUCAAUGAUUGCCGAUCCUAAGCGAGAAUUGGCCGAAAGUUUACCCCUGUGCCAUCCGAAUGAUGACUAUCUGAAAGAUUUUACCCCCAUGCAAGAUAUAAUCAGUAAUAGCAAUGACCAGCAACAACCGCAACACCCGCAGCAGGAAAAUGUCGACAAUGACAACAGAAAAAUGCCCAACAUAAAGGUGGUGCAUUUUGGUGUAGUGUAGCGUAAAAAACGGUCAAAUGGCAAAACGAAUCAAAUGAUCAUCCAAUUCCGUCCAGUGAAGCAGAAUCAGUAUUUUAAUAUAUUUAACAGAGACUAAUGUUUUCUUGUUAUGGAAAUGAUUAUAUUUUGUAAAUAUUUGAACCGUACUUAGGUCUCUGCUUAUUGUAUAUUUUCAGUACAGGUUAUUACAGGCAAUACUAUACACUUUUUAUAGAAUUAUAAUUGGAAUAAUUACUUUACAUCAUACAAA